AUGAAGCAAGCUUCUACAGAAACUUCGAGACAUCCAAAAAAAAGGGUGGAUCAACCUAGCAGGAAAUAUUCAACUCCGAGUGACUACGAGAUUCUCUUCAAUGCCGACCAUGCAGUCCAAGGCUCAAUAAUUCAGCACACUGCACAACAACCGGUGAAAAGCGAAUUGGAAUCCGACUAUGACGGAGACGUUCACGGCCACACAGCACAGAAAACUGGCAAGGCAACUGGGAUUGAUGGUAUCCCAUCUGAGGUCUGGAAACACCUGCAAUCAUUAUUACCCUAUACAAGAACGAGUAAAAUCGAACUGCUUAAAUUACCGAGGUAUCACCCUGCUUUUUAUUGCCAGCAAAAUCCUUCCAAGAAUACUUCUGAAUGGAUUGCUGCUCACUAUAUCAGAAAAAGUUCUACCAGAAAACCAAUGUGGCUUCAAAGCAAAUAG